GAGUCACUCAAAGUUACAGAUUUGGAAACGCAGUUAAACAUUUUAUUUGUGAUCUGCUUGCGGACCACUAGGGGUCACUCACGGGCCACUGAUGGGAUGCCAUCUAGCUGAAAUCCCCCAUUUGUCCUGUUCCAAUUUUUAUUCUUCCCCGACACUUAACAUGGAACAUGCCGGCAGGGAUGUUCCAUGUGACACGUUUUGUGUCCUGGCCCCCGGUGGUGACCAGGGAGCGAAUCUCGGAUGAAACAAACUUUUACUUUGAAAGUGAAGCGGGAAUCGUUGUUCCGCUCUUUUCCCUGCCUCUCUCUCUUGAAGCACUGUGGUUUAAGGCUGGUGUGACAUCCACUCCUUACUCCGCAGUCUGUGCUGCUCAGUGUGCGACACCAGCCAGUGAAGAGAAACUGCGGCGCAACAGCAGAUAUCUUCUGUUAGGAACGAUUAUCGUGCUGGGAAUUGUGGUUGUCUUCCUUGAGAUGGACCAGACUGAGGAAUCGGGUUUGAAUUCAUACUCUGACAACAGCGACUGGUGGAGAGCCAUGGUCGACAAAGUGUUCAGCGAGGACCAUCAAACAGACCCUGUGAAUGUUUUGGAUGCUUGGAAAUCCAACUACACUCCACCAACCUGGAAACCAGAGUUUAAGGGAUGGGCCAAUCUGCACGCCUUUGAAGACUGGUGUGGCACUUCUACAGCUUCCCUCCGCAAGAACGGGCACUACCCGCUGUAUCCUCAUACUAGGACUACGGUGAAGAAGUUGGCCGUCAAUCCUAAGUGGAGCAACUACGGUCUCAGGAUAUUCGGUUAUCUACACCCAUACACCGACGGAGAGUUUGUGUUUGCCGUGAGCUCUGAAGACAACUCUGAAUUUUGGCUCGGCACAGAUGACUCUCCCCUCAAUGUAAAGUUAUUGGCAUGGGUUGGAAAGACUGGCACAGAGUGGGCAGUCCCCGGCGAGUUUGACAAGUAUGCCAGUCAGACCUCUGGACCAAUUAUGCUGUCUGCCCAGAGGAAGUACUUUUUUGAAAUUCUCUAUGUGCAAGACGACAAAGGGUCUGGCCAUGUGGAGGUGGCGUGGAAGCUCCUGAACCAAAGCUCUGGGUUCACUGUUAUUGAUUCCAAUCACAUCUCCCUCUAUGCUAGUGAGACUGGCUUGUUACCGUCUGAUGUCUCCACCAUACCAGAGACAGCUGCAAGCCACCAUCGCAUCCCCUCAAAACAGCCCGGUGCAACAGCAGACAUGUUGAGGGAAGACCCUCGUGACACUUUCUACCGAGUGCCGUUGGUCAGCAGCAGUUUCCUUAAGGGUGUUCUGCCCGAUUGCUCGUACACACCGAGCUACACACUCAAAGGCGUACGUCUGUCCCGCUACCAAGGAGUUCGGAUUGUCCGCUUGUCCUACAUCUACCCCAAUGACUACACCCGACUCACACACAUGGAGCCAGACGACAACUGCUUCUACCCGGAGCAACCCAGUGUCAUGAAGACGAACGGUUUCUCUAGAUAUCUGAUACCAGACAGUCCUCAGGAAAAAAGUACCACAGAUUCUGCAAAACCACUGCAAGAUGAGGAACAAGAUUCUGAUUUAACGGGAACAAAAUCAGUGCUGAAUGAUACAAAAGAUCAUAUUGUCAGGAGGAGAAAAUCAGUGUCAGAUGACAAGGAAGUUUUUCCUAUCCGGAAGAAAAAAUCUCUGUUAGAUAACACAGAAUAUUUUCCUGUCCGGAGGAGAAAAUCGGUGUUAGAUAACAAGGAAGAUUUUCCUGUACGGAGGAGAAAAUCAGUGUUUCAUGACAAGAAAGAUAUUGGCUUCCAUAAGAGGAGAUCGGUGUUUGAUGACAAGGAGGAUUUUGGUUUCCGAAGAAGAAAAUCAAUGCUGAAUGAUGAGGAAGAGUUUGACGCUGAAGCCGAUCAAAAAGAAAUCUGGCCGGGCCUGAGAAAUAACCCCCUUUUUUCAGAUACAUAUAACAGAAAACACCUUCGGGAAAAGGAGAUAGAGAAGAACAUGCCUCUACAACUUAAUGUAAAAGUGAGCAUCCCCACAGCGAAGGUGAUGAUGAGAGGCAGAAUUAGGAAAAAACGGUCAGAAGAAGAAAAAAGUGCUGUGCCAGUGAUGAAUUGGAACGAUACAUUCCAGGUCAACUAUCAGGACCCUCAGGAGCUGCGAUCGGAUUAUGUGAACUUUGAAUGCUUUUUGGUGGGCAACAUGCAGCUCUCAUCCAGUGAGGCUCUGCCCCUGGUCAAGGCUUUCAUGGUCAAACUCGAGGCAAAGCACCCUGGGCUGUUCAAAUUGGUGCGUGUGAUUAAUGUGGUGAGGCAUGUGGAUGAGGUGAGGGGCAGCCGGUACCUCCUGGAGCUGGAGGUAAUAGAUACGACCGGCAAGCUGCUGCGCCUGUCGCACUACAUCUACACUCUGAACAGCAGCAGCAGGCGUCGCCGCAGGGACACGACUGCCCAGGAGCUGAAACCUCAGCCUUUGCUGUGUAACCCGGUGGGCUUCCAGUGGAAUCCAGCUGCUACUGUUCACAUCAUAGUACCAGUGAAAAACCAGGCUCGGUGGGUGCAACAGCUGAUCAAUCAAAUGGAACGAUUGUUCAAAGAGACUCAUGACACCAACUUCAAUCUCAUCAUCACAGACUACAGCAGCUCCGACAUGGACGUGAAGAAGGCUCUUGAGAAGUCCUCACUGCACAGAUACGACUACUUGAAGCUGAGUGGAAACUUUGAGCGCUCUGCUGGGCUGCAAGCGGGUGUUGACCUCAUAAAGGAUAAACACAGCAUUGUGUUUCUCUGUGACCUCCACCUCCACUUCCCCUCCAACAUUAUUGAUGCCAUCAGGACGCACUGUGUGGAGGGAUACAUGGCCUUUGCUCCAGUAGUCAUGAGAUUGGACUGCGGGGCUGCGCCAUAUGAUGCCAGAGGUUUCUGGGAGAUCAAUGGCUUUGGCCUGCUGGGGAUCUAUAAAUCAGAUCUGGAGGCAGUGGGAGGAAUGAACACCAGGGAAUACAAAGACACCUGGGGAGGAGAAGACUGGGAGCUCCUCGACAGGAUCCUCGAGGGGGGACUGGAUGUGGAGAGGAUCUACCUGAGGAACUUUUACCACAACUAUCACUCCAAACGUGGCAUGUGGGUGACGUAGGUGUCGUGACAAGGUCGCCUGUGGCCGCACCAUGACCAUGGUCGUCACGGUUACAACCACGGCAACCAGGGCACUUUAAGGCCGCAGCGUGAUUCCUGCUACAUGCUGCUGACUGACAGAGAAGGUGAUAUCAGAUUCGAUGAAGCUGCGGUGAAAGGCAGCAGUGAAGGUCAUUUUUAAGGAUAUACUACUGAUAAAACUCCUGCCAAAGAGUUUAUGUCACUGGAUGUACUGUUGAUUACUAAGAGGGUACUGGUCAAUGAGUGUGUGAUAUUGCAUAUGAAGAUAAUGCCGUGCAUCAGGAUGAUCUGCACUGCCGGCUGCAGGGAAAGGACAUGAUCCAAAGACAAAACAUAAAUUAAAUGACAUUGCCCAGUAAAUGUAAUGAAAUUAAGUGUCCUUGAUCAUAAAGAUUGCAAAUCUUGCACAAGAGUCUUAACUGAGAAAAAUUAUGAAAAACUUUUAUCUUUAUUUUAUGAUUAUUAUUUUUUUCAAUUUGAGUUUAAUGUUAUUUCUACAAAUGGUCAAUUGCACCUCAGUUUAGUGCCUUCCCCUGUUUGUACUCAUUAAUGUUGAUUGUGCCUUUUAUUGUGACUGUUAUUCAGGUACUGGAGCCUCACAGGAGUGUUUUAACAGAUGACAGUUAAUUAUUUAAGUUAUUGGCACAAUUCAUGUAAAUCAAAAAAUGUGUCCGCCAAUUCUCCCUUCACUUCCACUUACCAAAGACAAUAUUUGAAAAAGUGGAUAGAGGGACCUCUACUGGAGGAUAUUUAACAUGUUCACAUGUAAAGUUACGGGCAGUUGCAGUCAGCAACUAGUUUUACUGAAAUCUGUGUCCAAAAAGCUUCCUCUUCUAGUCGUGGGAAAUGAAAAAUGACUUUGAAUAUUUAUCCUGUUUUAUUGUUAUUAAGACAAAUGGCAGCAUUUUCUUAUUGUUCACAUUCCGAUUUAAGAAGCUUGUUCUCUACUUUGUUUCUUGUCAUAAAAGGAGAUAAAAACACAAAAACACAAUUGCUUCUCUGGUGCUAGGCUUUGUUCUUGGUUUUGAUUUCUGACACUGCAAAUAAUUGUUUUAUUUAAUUUAUUUAUUUUGUAUACUUUUUGAUUUCCUAAAGCCCUGUUGUCCCCUGUUAUCCUUUACUACUCUAUCAUCUCUUACUUUGUUGUCUUCAGAUAUACCUCAUUCCUCUUGUUGUGCUGGGAGUUUACCUGCAACCUGAAUCUCUUUUCUCAGGGACUGUAUAUUUUAAAUGUUUCACAACCUUGACAAAUCUGAAGAAUAAAUCUAUUUGAGUUCA